AUGGCGACCCCCACCGCCUCAUCACUGCGGCAGCGCAGCACCAAGACCGACGCCGAUAUUGCCAAUGGCGUGACGGACUCUUCAAAGAUCGCGUCGGGCGCGAGCCGGGCGCUGAUGAAGCCCGGAGGGAUCCCUACCGAGCAUGGGCAAGAGAUGGAUAAGCUCCUGGAUACGCACGAGGAGUAUGAGUUUGGGGGACCGGUGGGCGUUGUGGCUAUGAUGCUUGGGUUUCCGCCUUUGAUGUACUACUUCUUCAUCUGCCUGUGGUACUACGAGGGAAAGCUCGUCCACCCUACCUCGCUCAAUGACUUUGGACCUUUCCUCCAGCGAAUGUGGGCACACGGAGUCGACGGCGCCUACCCUACUGCCUUCGCUUUCAAGACCUACCUCGGUCUCGGUGCGGUCCAGCUCUUCUUCGCCGCCGUCCUCCCCGGUGUGCAGCAAAACGGCCUUCCCGUCCCGUCCCUCGGCUACGAUGUCCUGCCCUACAAGUGCAACGCCCUCGCUUCGUGGUACACCACCCUCAUCCUCGCCGGCUCCCUGCACUACACCGGUAUCUUCCGCCUCCCCUGGAUCGUCGAGAACUUUGGCAGCCUCAUGACGGUCGCCAUCCUCACAUCCUUCAUUGUCACUUUCGUCAUCUACUUUGCGUCCGUCUUCUUCCACUAUGGCGGCAAACCCCUCCGCAUGUCCGGCAGCUUCGUCUAUGACCUGUUCAUGGGCGCUGCGCUCAAUCCCCGCCUGGGCCCGGUGGACCUCAAGAUGUUUGCGGAGGUCAGGGUACCGUGGGUGCUGCUGUUCCUGACGGCGCUGAGUGGGACGGUGAAGCAGUAUGAGGAGCUGGGCAGGGUGACGGGGAAUAUGGGGCACUACCUCUUGGCGAUUGGGCUGUAUAUGAACGCCUGCGCCAAGGGGGAGCACCUCAUCCCGCAGACAUGGGACAUGUUCCACGAGAAGUUUGGAUGGCUCUUGAUCUUUUGGAACAUGGCCGGCGUUCCCUUCACCUACUGCUACCCCGUCAUCUAUAUGACUCGGAACGCACCCUCGAAAUACGAAUACCCCCUCCUCGGCCAGAUCGCCAUGUACGCCACCCUCCUCACAUGCUACUACGUCUUCGACUGCGCCAUGUGCCAAAAGUCCGCCUUCAAGCUCCAACAGCAAGGCGACUACAAGCCCCGGAACGCAUUCCCCGUCCUCCCCGGAAGCGUCGUCCAGGACCCGACCUACAUCCAGACCAAGCACGGCAACAAGCUUCUCACGUCAGGCUGGUGGGCGUACGCGCGCAAGAUCAACUAUACGGCCGAUUGGAUUCAAAGUCUCACGUGGGGCCUGUCGGGCGGGCUGCAGACGCCCAUCACGAUGUGGUAUCCCGUCUUCUUUUUGGCGGUGCUGCUGCAUAGGUGCGAGAGGGACUUUGCAAAGUGCAGUAGGAAGUAUGGGGAGGACUGGGACGAGUACUGCAGGCAGGUACCGUACAAGUAUAUCCCGUACGUGUACUAG